ACAGAAGUCAAGGUGAGACGCGAGAAAACUUCCCGGGAUGAACAAGUGAUCAUAUGCCUUCUGCAUCGCUCCAAAUCUCCCCCACCUUUCAGACUCAUUUAUUAGUCGGUCAAAGAUGAAGCUGCUGAUUUUCUUCACCGUCGUGAGCGUGUCCGUGUUGGCCGUGAUGAUUUUCCAGGCGCUGCGCCAGGAGCUGAACCUGCGCGACAUGCGCGAGCGCAUGGUGCAGAGCUCCAUGGAGAUGAAGAGGAAGGAGGACUCGGUGGUGGAGAUGAAAAGCAAAAUCAUGGAGCUGAAGGGCUCGCUCGAGGCCGCCAACUCCAAGCUGGAGGAGCUGAAGAAGAAGAAGGAGGAGGCGGAUAAGUCGGGGCAGGAGGUGGAUAAGAUCCUGGAGAGCUGUAACGGAGAGAAGGCCAGCACCGAGAAGAGGAAGGCAGAACUGGAAGAAGCCAUAAGUAAACUCAAAGCUGACCAUGAAGAGGCUAAGAACAAAGCUCAGGAGGACAUUCAAAGCUUGAAACAACAGAUUUUGGACCGAGACAAAACCAUUUGUGCCUUUGCAGAUAUGUCCAAGCCGGAAGCACGGAAGUUGUGUGGACAGGGUGAUGAACCAAAAUGAAGUCACUCGGUCUUUGAGAAGCUUUUACAGAACCAAGUACACCGUUGAAGAAGAGCCAUGUAUGUUUUUGUAACUUCACUCUUGUGAUUUUUAACAAGACUGCAAAAAAAAAACAACGUGUUGAAUGUGGGUCAAAGGGUUACAGAA